AUGGCUCAGGGGAAGUUCUUAGUCAAGUUCCUGUCACUUCUAGCCUUCGCCAUUCCCGUGAACUUGCGGAAUUGGCUGUUUACCCACACCCACGUCCUCAACAAGCUCAAGCAAACCCAUACUGACCAAAGGAACCAAUAUCAAGGCUACGAGUCCGACCCCACCGCCGGCGACGCCGUCUGUGCCGUCAACGGAACAGGCUUUACCCUCUCCCACCGCACGACCAUAGCCGUCCCAGAGACAAUCCUCUGCGACGCUCCAUUCCCCGAGAAAGACACCUCCCCCCAAGGAAUCCUUCACCAAGAGAUACACAGCAAACCCCGAGCACAACCCCGAUUCACGCCCAUUCCGCUUCCGCCGCCCGUGACGCUCGGCUACGUCCCUGCUCGAGAGACUGUGCAUGCAGAGACAGUGGUUUCUUGCUCGGAUCCCUGGGAUCGGAUGCCUAGUGGGUCACGCGUGUCCCAUGGCUUGUUACCGGUUUAUCGUGCUUCUAGUGUGACAGCGCCUGUCCCUGCUGGGUCAACUGGUUCUAUUGGCUACGAUAAUGCCCAAACCGGUUCCGGAAGUUCGCGUCUUGGGCCUUCUGCUAGUGCUGCCGAGGGAGUGCAGGGUGGCAUGGAGGGAUUGGGACCGGGUGAUGACUUGGGCGAUUCUGGACAGGCUAGGAGUACUGGCUCUUCUUUAUUUUCUGGUGGGAGUUUGCAGAGAGAGACGCCGAGGGGGUUGUUUGCUUUGUUGGUAGUGACUACGGUAUUGGGUUUUGCUGGGGGUCUCUGGUGAGG